AAGGGACAGUUGUCAGUUUGAGAAAGAGACAGUUAUGCAUAUGAGACAGUAUGAGCAAAGAACAGUUGUCAGUCUAAGCAAGAGACAUGAGUAUGAGACAGUAUGAGCAAGGGACAGUUGUCAGUCUGAGAACGAGACAGUUAUGAGAAAGAGACAUUUAUGAGUAUUAGACAGUAUGGGCAAGGGACAGUUGUCAGUCUGAGAAAGAGACAGUUAUGUAUAUGAGACAGUAUGAGCAAAGAACAGAUGUCAGUCUAAGAAAGAGACAUGAGUAGGAGACAGUAUGAGCAAGGGACGGUUGUCAGUUUGAGAAAGAGACAGUUAUGCAUAUGAGACAGUAUGAGCAAGGGACAGUUGUCAGUCUAAGAAGGAGACAUGAGUAUGAGACAGUAUGAGCAAGGGACGGUUGUCAGUUUGAGAAAGAGACAGUUUUGAGUAUUAGACAGUAUGAGCAAGGGACGGUUGUCAGUCUGAGAAAGAGACAUGAGUAUGAGACAGUAUGAGCAAGGGAUGGUUGUCAGCCUGAGAAAGAGACAGUUAUGAGAAAGAGAGUUAUGAGUUUUAGACAGUAUGAGCAAGGGACAGUUGUCAGUUUGAGAAAGAGACAGUUAUGAGUAUGAGACAGUAUGAGUAAGGGACACUUGUCAGUCUGAAAAAGACAGUUAUGAGAAAGAGAUAGUUAUGAAAAAGAGACAGUUAUGAGAGACAGAAGGAUCUCCUCCGAUUGUCCCUGUGGCGGAUGGUGGAGCUCACAAGUCGGUGCUGUUUCUGUGUCUCCGCAGCUCCGCGCUGCCCCUUCCCAGCCCAGUUCAUCUCCAUAUUCCCCAGCACUGUGGGUGCUAUUGGCUACACUGGGACAGUCCUGGGUGACAUCACCACCCAUAAGUGCUGUGGCCCCAGGCUGGAGAGUGCAGAAUACAGGCUGUGAGCUGAAGAUUGUGUUGGUGCUGCUGCAGGGGCCAGUGAAGGGCUUGUGCACACCAGACACUAUCCAGAGGGUGGCAGUGAGAGGCUGUCAUUGUACUGCAGCAGAAGCAGAAUCACAUUGGGAAAGACCCAGGAAUCCUGAAUCACUUCUGCACUUUCAGAAAGGAGCCGAGAUUAGUGGACUGUUUCCUUCACCAUAACCGUGAGAGUGUGUUCCCAGACUUUAUACAUUCCAGCACUCUGCACUGGCUGUUUCCCCUUACUAACCAUUCUCCUAUAGGGAAAGAUCGCUCGCUGCUACAUGAGAUUCCAGGGAUUUACAUGGACAGGAGAAGCAGCAGCAGCGCAGGUGAAUUAAACCUGCAGAUGGAUUUGCAUUGAAUCCACUGGCCAAUAACACACUAUUUCUGUUGGCAGUUAUUUGGAUGCAUCAUUAGACCUUGGUUUUUUCCCGAUUGGAGUAGUUCCAUUAACUUGAGGUUGGCAUCACUUGGACUUCACCCCAAUAAGAGCACAAUAUGAGACUGCCCUGCUCUCACUUGGCUGUCCUUGUCCUUCUCUGCUCUUUGGGAUCCUGCAAGCCUCAGGAGAGAAGCACAUUGUCUCGCCCCCGUGCCCAGUCAGGACCCAAGGAGCCAGGUUUCACCAGGAUGAAGAGGAAGAACCUUGCAGUGGACUUUGUCAUCCCAGCGGCUUUCCGCAAUUCUCUGAGAGACCUUCUGGGUCUGUUCCCUGCAGGGGCUGUGAAUACCAACUUCCAGGCGAGCUCUAGCCUGGCCAUGGACUGCUGGCCCUUGGUGGGAUCAUUGGACCAUCCUGGUAGAAUUCUAGUGGAUCUGAAAAGGGAGCAAAAGCCGGCACCGCUGUCCAAGGUGCUGAAGUCUGGCUUCCUGAAAAGCCUCCGUAGAUCCAAACAGCUUCUGCUGGAAGUGGGGGAAGAAAUGAUCAGGGAGGGUUGUGGUUUAUCUUUGGGCUCAGAAAUCACCAAAGAGGGUACAAAUGACAGGUUUGAGGAGCAGGAGGAUCCCCGAAGUCUUGUUCUAAAGAGGAAACUGGAGUUUGACCUGGCUGAGCUGUUUAGCUGGUGGCUGAAAUCUAAAGAGGGCAGGCUCAGGAUUAGACUGAUGCCCCAGAGAUCUGCCUUCUUCCCAGGGAGAGAGGAUAUACUAUCAGCUGCCCUCAGAGCUUCUCAGCCCAGGUUAACCUUCCAAAUUCUGAGAAAAGGUUAUAACUUUGCUAAAGUUUCUACAAGCAAUCCUUUAAAUAUCUACACCUGGAACAUAUCCUGGACUAUGAAAGAAGCUUUCCCAUCGGCUGGCCCGAGAGCAAGGCAUGAUUUUGACUGUAACUUCGAGUCUCCAUGUGAUCUGGAGUACCUGCCAACUCUCGGUGCCAAAUCCUGGAGAAUCACCACUUCAGAGGAACUACUACAGCGUUACAGUCUCAGUGGCCCCCCUGGUGAUUAUUCGGAGAAUUCGACAACAGGUAGAUACGGGACAUGGGGGGGAUAGUUAACUGAAAUACACACAAGGUCACUAAACUAUUCACAACUGCUGCAUGGGGACCUUUCAAAUGAGAAUGGAAAACAGCAGUAGUGUGUGAUUCAUUGGCUGCAACUUUUAAGGCUGAGCCGCCUAUUCUAAGAUAUAAUUAAUAGUAAUGGGCAAAUGUAUUCAGCA